AUGUCUAUUAACGAAACAAUCCAAUGGGUGUGGUGCAGACAACGGUCACUCUGGGAUCAGGAAUGGAACAGUAUUGUCUUUAGUGACAAGUCUCGAUUUUGUUUAGGCAUGCACGAAGGUCGUGCCAGGGUUAGAAGGCGACGUGGUGAAAGGAGGAAUCCACAGUUUUUUGUUGAAAGACAUGUUCAUCACACUGUUGGAGUUAUGGUUUGCGGUGCUAUAGCUUAUGGUUCCAGGUCACCUUUAAUCUUCAUCAGAGGUAACAUGAACGCGCAGCAUUAUAUCCACGAAGUUCUAGAACCCCAUCUUUUACCCUAUCUUGACACCCUGGCAGAUCCAACUUUCCAACAAGAUAAUGCCCGACCACAUGUUGCAAGAGUCACAAUAGACUUCUCUCAACAUAAUGAUGUCACAUUGUUACCAUGGCCACCAAGAUCUCCCGACUUAUCCCCAAUUGAGCACGUGUGGGAUAUGAUGGGUAGGAGAUUGCUCAAUUUGCAACGUCCUCCUCAGACUCUAGAAGCACUUCGAGAGGAGUUGUUGGUUGCCUGGAAUGAGAUACCACAGGAAGACAUUGACCGCCUGAUCAGAAGCAUGCCUAGGCGCGUUGGAGAAUGGGUAGCACAUCAGGGUGCAUCCACACAUUAUUAA